AUUGCAGGUUCUGAAGCAAGUAGCACAUACCCUGCUGUAGACAUGACACCUUCCAUGUACACCCAUACUCCUGCAGGUACCCUUGAUUCAAAGAACAAACACCUGACAAGCCUUGAACUCCUGCACCAUGGAACUAGAGACACCAACACUGCCAAACAGAAGGUCAUUCAUGUGGUAGCACCAUUUGAACCAAGCAAGUCUAAGGAUAUGAAGAAUGCUGGUGUUAAAACAGAGCCAAAAUCAGAACCUGGUGAAGAUGUUGAGCAUGGUGAGCGGAUGAGGGAUAUUCAGUUACCUGAAGCUUUUCGGGAAACAAUCAAGAAUCCAGUUGCAAGAUCAGAUCCUGAAUUGAUGGAACAAGGGGUUGCUGUGGAUUCAAAGGCCUCAGAUCGCCAUCUUCCUCAAGAGCCUUUACCCUCAAAACACACUUUAAAACAAUCCAUGCAGUCCUUGAAAGUCAAGCAAAAUUCUUUAGUCAGCCAACAUGUUGUUGAGGUUGAAUCUGACUCAAAGCCAUGUCAUGCAAAUGGUAAUGGAGAAUAUAAGUCUGAACCAAGGAAGCAUAUAGUAACUCCUCCAAAGGAUUAUUUUUCACAUCAGCAGACAUUGAAAGAAUCCAAAGACUCAGCUGGAAGGUCAGAGUUGAGAAUCUCAGGGAAAACAGCAUCUGCUCCAGAUGUUAAGACAACUUGCGCAUCAGGGAGUACAGGAAAAGCAGAUCACCAAUUCAUGUACCUAAACCAACAAAAGAAGGAAGCAGUGACACACAAGAGUAAAUCACUCGGAAUCAACAUGAAAAGACUUCGCAAAUCACCUGUCAAGAAGCUUGUUGAGGAAAUUCCAGUCAGUUAUUCCAAAAGGAAAUAUAGACAGAGGAGAAAGAAAUCUGAUGCAUCUAGUAAUGAGAAGAAAAGUGAUAUUUCUUUGGCCAGCAAGGGUAUGUUGAUAUGUGAUGACAAGAAAUCAAUUCAUCCAAGAAAGGAUGUCACUCUGAUGGUUGACAAAGAUCAACAGAAAACGAUACCAAGGGAAUCAAAUAAUCUCCUGAAAGGGAAUCAUUCAACAUCAAGUACAGGUCAUAAACACUCAAAGCAUGAGGAUGGAACAAGCAUUUAUGAUUUUAUAAUCACACCUGAAAAGGAAAAGAAACAUAGUAGUAGGAAGAGGAGUCUUCAAAUGAGAGAUGAUAAUGUGGUCAAAAGAACUAGGACAAAACGUACAACAUCAGAAUUGAUUGAAAUGAAACUAAUGGAUGAUUCUCAAGGAAGUACAGCGAAAUGUAGUUUAGAAUCCUUGAAUUCAAACUCUCCUUGCUCCAGUAUGAAACAAUCAGAGGCUGGGUUAUCAUCAUCUGAAUCCUCAACAGAGCAAACAUCUUUACAAUCUAAGAUGCACUUUCUUUCAAGGUUACAGGUAGCGGGAGAUAACAAACCAAAGCUUACUCUGUCAUCUUCGUCAGGGACACCAACCUCUUCAUCAUCAACAAAGUCUUCAUUACAGAGUUUUAUGAGACGGUCUUUAGAAAGCAGCCCAUUACCAGAACAGCUUACUAAAACUGCAUUAACAUCAUCAGAGAGAAAGACUGAUGCUAAACUUGGACAUGAACAUUCGAUUGGAAGAAACAAACUAAUGCAAAGGGAUAUUCCUUUGCUUUCAUCACCAUCAUCAGCAACAUCGUCAUCACCAGAUUUAAUACUUUCAUCAUUAUACCCAUUAUCAUCAUCAAAUAGUCACCCUUCUCAGCUUGUAACCAAGCAAACUUCUCCAGCUUUACAAAUCAAGAAAUUAUUUGGGGGAUCAUCAUCCAGAGACUCGUCAACACCUCAAGAAUCAGUAACAGUAGCUCCAAGGCAACAAAGAAAAUAUUCUCCUCAGCAACGAGUAAAAGCAUCUUCUCGCCAACAUAGGAAUACAUCUUCCAAAGAAAAAAGGACAGUUUCCCGCAUGCAACAGAGGAAAUCAACCACUGUGAAAUGGAAGAGAGUAUUGCCCAAGCAAGAGAGAAAAGCAUCUCCCAAGCAAGAGAGAAAAGGAUCUCGCAAGCAAGAGAGGAAAGCAUCUCCCAAGGUACCAAAGAUAUCUCCCAUGAAACAGAGGAAAGUGUCUUCCAAUGUGCAGGGUCAGAUAACAGAAAUCAAAGCACCAGAGGCUGAAAGACAGGAUUCUCCGUCUGAUGAUGAUGAUGAGAUAUUACUUCUGUGAUACUACAAGGAGCUCUUCUCAAGAGGCAAGACUGUUUGAACUAAGACAAAUCAUCUUUACGUGUACACCUUUAUGACCUUAUCCAUUGCUUUCCCCUAAAUAGAGAAUCCUUUAAUACAAUAAAGAGAAAUUUGUGCAUACUGUAUCUACCUUCAUUUAUUCGAUAAGACCAAAUACUAGUUAGUAGUCCUGACACAACUUUUUUUAAAGAAGUGGAUUUAUAGAUUAGUCAUGAAUAAAAGCUCAGGGGCUGUAUCCUGACAAUUGUCUAAACAAGAAUAUAUUCUUGGAUCUUCAGAGUUACAAUGAAAUAGGUAUUCUGAAAAUUCAUCUUUACUCUUCUAUCUUUUCUUCUAGCUCUCUCUGAGCAUGUAUGUUUUCAGAGAUGAAAAUAUGCGUAAAGCUAUAAACAGCGUAUAUGAAGCCAAUUUACCAUGUAUUUUCACUCUGCUAAAUAUUCUUUUUUUGUGAGAUACUAGGUAUGUCAGCCUUACAUCAAUGGUUAGGAUUCAUGCUGAUUGUAUCAAGAUGUUAGAAAAUGGCAUCAUUUUCAAUGGUCUUCCCAAAAUAUUAGUAUUACCUAUUAAGGCCACCACACACCUUACGACUGUUCGUGAUCCGAUUUUGGAACAAAUCUCAUUUUGCUCAUUUUCUAUAAAUGUGAAUGGAACAUAUCAUUUUAUU